CUGCGAGGCUUGGCAAAGAGAACUGCAGAAUUAAACUGCCAAGCUUCAUUCAACUUUCCACUUCAGCUGCUCCUUUGAAUUCCUGUUGUUCCUCCUGUUGCUGUCCAGGAAAAUAUGCGUCUCCUUUUCCUGGCCCUUCUCUUCUUCCUUCUUGUCUUUUAUCUCCCCCCAUCUCUUCUUCCAUUCAUCGAGGGCUCGCGGUUGUGUCCACAUCAGUGCGUUUGUUACGAGCACACCGACCUGGUGGACUGCCGUGGCCGUGGGUUCGAGCACGUUCCCAGAGGCCUCCCACACGGCACGUGGCUGCUGGAGCUGGGAGGAAACAAUCUGAGCGAGAUUGGCACCCGAGCCUUCACUGGACUGUGGUCCCUGCGGGUGCUGGUGCUAGCCAACAGCCAGAUACAGGGAAUACAACCACAGGCAUUUUUCUCUUUGUCCUUCCUGGAGAAACUGGAUCUCAGUUGGAACCAGUUAACAUCUCUCCCUGUUGACUUCUCAACCAGUCUGUCUGCUCUCAGAGAGCUGCGACUGGAGCACAACAACUUGAAUCACAUAUCUGGAUACAGCUUGGAGUAUCUGGACAGCAUGGAGAAGCUGGACCUCAGUUAUAACCAGCUGGUGUCGUUUGGCUCCGGUGUGUUCAGGGGCCUCUCCAGACUCAGACAGCUCUACCUACACAACAACAGACUGAGUGUGGUGCAGCAGGGGAGCCUGGAUAUGCUGCCUGGACUAGAGGUGCUCCAGCUGAGUAACAACAACAUCUCCCAGAUAGACACUGAUGCUCUGGCUCCUCUCUACAGCCUGGCAGUCCUCGCUCUGGAGGGAAACAACCUGCAUCACCUCAAGUUUAAGACCUUUAUCAGCCUCCAUACAACAGCUACACACAUCCAGCUGUCAGGCAACCCGUGGAGCUGUGACUGUGAGCUGCAUCGCGUCUUCAGUAAGAUCUUGCACGUUCGCCACCUUCACAUCGACGACUAUCGCAACGUGACGUGCCAGGACCCGCCGCAGCUGGCCGGGGCUUCGCUGGCCUGGGUCGACAGCCAGCUCUGCAUCGCAGAAACAGCCACCGUGCUUGUCAUCACCAUCACUGUGCUGGUCACUGUGGUGGCGGCUUUGGUGAUGGCGGAGAGGAACCGAAAGAAGAACCCUGGGAAGAACUGGGACACUGAGUCGCAGUCACAAACUUAGAUACCAACACCCUGAGAGCAUGCAGAAAAAACAACAAUAAAAAUACGGAGACUCUGUGAGACUGAAGAGUAAACUCCCAGGCUCCUCUAGUGAGAGGCUGAUCCCAGCAUUGGGCACAACCGGAGAUCCCUGCUUGUUGCUCCCAGAUUUCAAAAUCAAAAAAAUUGGUCACCAAAAUGUGUCAGAGAACACAGGAGAGGCAUAUGCCACUUCAUUUGAGAUGGACAGCAGUUAGUUUAAACGUUUCCAGAGGCAGCGAGUCAUGGUGCCGUACUGCCCUGAGUUGCAUAAAGUAGCCUAGACCUCUACCUUAUGCAAAUGAGGAGCUCUUGAAAUGCACCAUGGCACUACCAGGGUGCAUUGCCUGACUGCUCACAUAGACAAUGAAUGGAAACCAUGGAAAUGACUGAUCCUGUGGAUCAUAAUCAAACAGUCGAAAGUUGCCAGAACAAUCAAUAAAUGUAUUUAAUAAACAAUGAAAAAGACCAUAAUAAUAAUAAUAGAGGUCUGUAACACUUACACAUUGAGGCUUUAAUAUAAAUUAAAGCAUGAUUACAGCUAUUUAUAAAUGAGUUUAGUGAAUCCUCAAAGGCUCAUUCAAUGCUAUUCAAUUCCAAACAGCACAGAAAGCAACAAGCUGUUGUCACUCAGUGUGAAUGAAAAGGUACAAAUAUCAAAAUGGAACAAAAAAAGGAAAGCUAUACACAGGUUUCAGUGGCUGCUCUCUUUACCUAGUCAUCAUUUUUCAUAUCUAGACAGAUUUUGUUUCUCAAUAUAUACUCUGAAAAGCAAAUGACGUGUUGUCAUCGCCCAGCCCGACUAUAAACUGCUCACACAUCAACAGGUAUUUCCAGUGUUAGUAGGUCAGAAUGGUGAAACAUUGGCGCAGUGCGAGUGAGUAGAUUCAGAUACAGAUAUAGUAGUUAGCUUUGGUUGUUAUUUCCCAGCCUCAAUGUAACUCGCUGCACAGUAUGACUGAAGUCAUUUCUGAUUAGCAUCAGCUUGUUUGUGUUUUGCACGUCAAUAAAACGCUCUGGUGACCUUUA